AUGCUACUCUAUGCAUUCUACGACACCGAUUUACUUUAUAAAAACGCUACCUAUAAAACGCUAACCCAAUGUUUCGUCAUGGGCGAACUUAUGGCGACAACUUUUUUGUUGACGUUCGGGCUUGCGUUGUAUGGCAGGAUGCGCCGCUACUCCUCAGCUCUAUGCUACGACUCUACACAUAUUCUGGGGGCAUUCACGAUAUUUAGCACGAUAUUUAUCGAGAGGAGCUGUGCUGUGUACUUCAUUAAAGACUAUGAAUACGUGGAUCGGCCCUUAAUCGAAGCGUAUCUGCACCUACAAUCAUUUUCGAUGCAGAGCUUCUCGGUCAUGGUGUAUUCGUUUACUGGUGGCUACUACGAUGCUUUGACGUUCAAGCUGAACCUUCCAUUCAUGACUCUCUGGCUUAUUACCGUCUGGUUUCUUUUCCGCAAUGUCUACAUCGAAAAUAAUCGUGCCCUGAACCAACUCUUCGAAACUUGGAUGAAAACCGGAGGGUGU